AUGAGCCCCCCCGCAACAGAGAUCAAGGCUGUGUAUGAGGAGCAGGGUUACCUGUCAGGUGUGUCCAUCCUCAGCACACAGGAGCUGCAGGAUGCCAGGGACUCAUUCGCUGCACUCGAGAGAGAGUUUGGUGAGGAGUACACCGCGUACAGUCUGCACAAUGUCCAUCUGAAGUAUGACUGGGUGAUGAUGCUGGCCAAACAUCCCAGACUCCUGGAGGUGGUGACAGCAGUCCUGGGGCAGGAUGUUCUCCUGCUGGACUCCCGCUUCAUCUGUAAAUACCCUGUGCUGAACCACGGCUCUGCCAGGAACCAGGGCGACAAGGACACCAUCCCAUACACCAACGGGAGUGGAGAGAGGGAAGAGAAAGAUUUGGAGACCAAUCAGAAGACAGACCCUGGUCUUCCUUUUGUCGCCUGGCACCAGGACAUGAGGUACUGGGGCCUUGAUGGGGGUCCAGUCCUCUCCGUCUGGCUGGCCCUGGAUGAUUCUAAGGAGGACAACGGUGCACUGCAGGUCAUUCCAGGAAGUCACUGCUCCGGAAUGUUACCACACCAUCCCUCAAAGCGGACUGGAAACAUGUUGAGUGUGAAUCAAGAGAUUCCAGAGGAGCUGGUCCAAACAGAGAAUGCUGUGCUCUGCCCCCUACAGGCAGGACAGAUGUCUGUUCAUGACGGAUUACUGGUCCACGCGAGUGACCCGAACACGUCGGGGAGGCGUCGCUGCGGCUUUGUGAUUCGCUACGUGCCGACGGCAGCCUAUCCCAUCCAGGACCCUGAUCGUCCGAGGAGUUUCCCUGCCACAGUACUGGUCAGCGGUGAAGACAAGUACCACCACUUCAAAAACAUCAAAUCCUAA